UCUCAGUAAAUUGCUUGAUCCUUUCUGCCCAUGGACAACUCAGCAUUUGAAAUGCAUGAAGAUGGACCACACAAAGCUUUGUCUAUUGGGAAGAUGAGCACCAUCUCCAGAAUGGAAAAGGAGAAGCAGUGGUCACUGAUGAGCAUUUUUCUGCUGUGUCUCUUGGCCUGUGUCAUCACCACAGCACUUGGAGUCCUGAUUCUCUCCUUGGUUUAUGUUAACAACUCUCAGCCUCAAUCCUGGCUUCCUCAAACCACAGCUCCAAAAGUACAGAAGGUGGUUGAUCCAAAAUUCCAGUUUCUUAAUCAUUUACCUAAAUCCAAGGUGUUUGAAUUCUCUGGUGGUGAAAUCCAGUGGGCACGCUAUAGGAACAAUAUCAAAGACUAUCUUAGUGAAGAAGAGGAGGCCUUUGGCACCAGCUUGAACAGUCAGAGAUCACAGAUAACGCUGGGGACCCUGAGAAUAAAAAGCAAAGGCCUCCGGGCCCCUCACUGGCACUUCAAUGCUAAUGAACAUGGCUACCUAGCACAGGGAACAGCAUGGAUUGGGGUGAUUGAUGAUGGUGGUGAAGUAGCUACCACCUACAAUGUCACAGCUGGCCAAGUGAUCUUCUUCCCUAAAAACACAUUACACUGGAUAAAAAAUGUGGGUAAUGAAGACUGCUUUUUCUUGCUCUUCUUCUCAACACACGAUGAACUUCAGACUCUGGACGUUGAUGACGUAUUCUUUUCUGUGCCUGAAGACAUUGCUUCCAGGUCACUUAAGCCUGAAGGUGGAAUUGCUUUCAUUAGAAAAUUCCACAAGCAAACAGAAGAUCAAGGGGUCAAUCUUCCUCCCAACUUGGCAGAACUGGUUACAAAUGUUAGUUACGGACAAUCUCCUGAUAGCCUUGUGUGGAGAUACUUUUUUGACCUUAAAGGUUCAAAAGAAUAUCAGUUUCCAGGAGGAGUAGUACAGCAGGCACAAUAUUGGAAAAAUGGAAGUGAAUUAAAUAACAAUGAAAAAAUUUUCAGUGAAUUUCUACAUCAGCAUCAAAAUGCCCUCGCCUUGAGUACACUCAGAAUUUAUAACAAUGGAUUACGUCAGCCACAUUUUCAUUUUAAUGCAAAUGAAAUGGGAUAUGUAUUAAGUGGAUGUGGAAAGGUGGGCAUAGUUAAUACAGAGAGUACCAUGGAGUUUAACAUCCAUACUGGAGAUGUGUUAUUUUUCCCCACUGGAGCUCAGCAUUAUAUUAAGAACACGUGUGAUGAGGAUUUGCUCUUUGUGCUUGCCUUCAGUACUGGAGAUCAGCUGCAAACUCUUGACAUGGAUGAUUAUCUCCAAGCCACUGCAGACCACAUCUUAGCCCAGCUUUUCUUCAGGAAGCAAAGUGAAUUUAAGAAGAUUCCCAAGUUCAAGGAUGACCAGGCAAUCAACCUGCCUUAGAGUUACUGAUGAGUUCAUAUUCAUUCUUCUUCAUUGCUUGUUUUGGUUAAAGAAGGACCACUGGCUAAUGAACUGGGGGAUUCUAUUAAAAGCAUCC